AUGCACCUCGGCAAUGUGCCAUUUGGAGAUAGCUGUUGCUUCCCAUUGGCGCCAUUGCGCCAUUGUGGGGUUAGAUUCUCCAACGUCCAACACCAAGAUACUUCAAUGUCAUGUUCCCAUGCCACUUGGCUGCAGAGCUACGGCAAUAUGUCUCCUGGUGGCACGUCACGACCCUCGAAGCAGAGGAAGAUUGGUUCUCGAUCUUGCGAUGCUUGCAAGAUUCGGAAGGUCAAGUGUACCGAGACAGCCCCCUGCCAACGAUGUCUCUCCGCCGGCCUCGAUUGCACCUUCAACAAGACCCAGUCGACGAGAGGACCCCGGAAUCUGAGGACAAAGACCUUACAGCAGAUCCAAAAUGCCACACGAGCUCAGCAACCAGCCUCAGCACCUUCACAUAUCCCAGAGCCAAGUUCUUCGCCGAGCACCGCGGACCCUUCCAACAUUUCGGUCGAAUCACUCGUCGUUCGACUGUGCAUCUAUCGACUUCGCCUCUUUCCAGUCUGGCCGAUCGUGGCUGUGGAACAGGUCAUUGCAGCCCUACACCGCGAUUCCCAUGAUGUCGGAACCUACACCUUGGCAGUGGCCAUUGGUGCUGCAACCAUGGCCCAGUUGAAACUGUCCCGGUUGAAAGACCCAAGCAUCACGGACAGCCUGUCCGCUAGCGCUCUCCACGAGGAGUGCCAAAGGAAACGGCGGACCCUCAACGCUGCCUCUGCCAAUCUGAACAGACUUCAGACCUCGUUCUUUUUGCACAUCUACCACGAGAACCAGAUUCCUGGCGGUGCCGAGUCUUUGUUGCACUUGCGAGAGGCCAUCACGGUGGCACAAAUCAUGGGAUUACACCGGCCCUCCUCAUACCUAGGACUACCCCCAUCCGAGGACCGCCUUCGACGCCGCAUUUUGUGGCUGCUGUUUGUUACAGAGAGAGGAGUGGCCAUGCUACACAGACUUCCAGUAGCAUUGACUUCAGCGGAGAAGUUCCCGCCACUGGACACCAUCAACGAACCCGACGACGGACCACACGUGUUGCCGGCAUUCAAGAAACUGGUCAACCUGUUUUGGAUCUUCGACCAGUCCAGAGCAUUUGACAUUCUUCAAGAUGCGGCAGACGACACGGACGGCUCCUCAUCACCCAACCACGAAGCUCUCCGAGCCCUGCAGCAGCGCUUACAAGAAGCACGACUCGAAACUGAAAAGGAUGCAAAUGACAUCCAGAAAGCGGACAUUUCCAUCACAAGACAAUGGAUGCAAAUCCUCAUCUGGCGCGCCACUCAAGGCCACGCAUACUGGUCCUCCGACGACACCUCGGCAAGCCUUGCUGGCCCCAUUCAGAUAGCCCAGCAGCUACUAGACGACAUAUCAAAGCUCCCCAACACGGCCCUGGAAGCCCACGGCCCAGGGAUAGAAUUCAAAGUUUACGAGAUUGCAAGUGCCGUGGCAGACUCCCUCAACUACUACACAACCCCCCGACCAGGCGACAUCCUCCUCCGACAUCCAGGCGACAUUCUUCUCAGAUUACAAAGAUUCCUAGCCACCUGCCGCGGCGGAAACAUCAACCUGCUAGGCCUCCUAGCCGCGCGCAUCGCCCAAGGCCAAAUGUCCCUAUCCAUCCCACGGCAGUCGUUCGACCCAACCCCGCCCUCGGUUGUUGUCGAAGAGAUAGCCACCGACGCCGACAGCGACGAACCACCACCCUCAUCCCCAUGGCUCUCCCUCGUUGCCGCGGCUGAACUCGAGCAGGAGCAGUCCUUGUCGUCUUAUGCUCAACAGGUCGGCCUGCUCGAUAAUCACGACUGGCUUCUUGCUCCAGAAAGCCCCAACAUCUAG